UUUCAUAUUUAUAAUAAAUCAAACAAUGCACUCAAGUUUCUAUAAUAUGUCUUAACAUAUUUGAAGAAAUUAUAAUUUGAAAGCAUUAAAUAGAAUUGAGUUUUUUCAUUAAACAUGCCACAUCCUGGUCUUACAUUUGCUUUGGCUGUGGGUGUAGCUCUAGGUGCUAUAAUAUAUUAUUUACUUCCAAAUUGGGAACGACCACAUGAUGGCAGUGGACCAUCGCAACCACCAGUUAAUUCAUGGGAUUUGACUAAUAAUGAACAAAAUUCUAAUAUAAGGAGACGACGUAUCCAUGAUGGAAAUUGUUCGAUAUGUUUGCAAAUCGUUGCAGAAGGAGCCAAUGGUUCGAAAAAAUUAAAAUGCGGACAUGUUUUUCAUGAUAAUUGCAUUCAAUUAUGGCUAAGACGAAAAUCUGAAUGUCCAAAUUGUCGUAUGCCAGUUAUUACACCCACCGAUAUUAUUGCACAUCAAUAAUUUAGCCUGAGAUACUCAAUAUAAGUUUAAGUAUUUAUUUUUAUCACAAAUUUUCAAAUUUUACUAAUAAAACAACAAUUACCAAAUAGAGCAAGUUAAUUAACUUUAUAGAGGCGAUAAAUAACGCUCGUAUUAUUAACAAUGCAUAGAAAAUUUAAUAAAUAACGACGCUCUUUUUCUAGA